AUGCCAGCUGUAGAUUCUUCCAAAGCAUUUGGUAAUUCGAGUUCAUACAAAUACAAUAAAACAACAACAAUGACCACUACAUCCGGUGGAACUGCCAGUUUGAGCCAUAUUGGCGGGAGCGCAGCUCAAAAGCGCUCUCCAACUUCUGAUACCUUAGGUCUUCCCGAUGCAGUUUCGCAUUUCUACUACAAGCAUGGCCUCUUCCUCUCCAGCUAUCCAACAUGUGCCACUAGCAUUGCUAUUAUGGCAAUAUUACUAUCGUGUUACCCUCUCAUAAAUAUUCCGCUACCCGGUACCAUACCCACCAAAAUUAUGCUGCCCUUCGACGGCCGUUACUCACUUUUCGCAGAACAACCACAACAGAAUGUCUCAUUGGUUAGGAAUUUCUUCAGCCCCCCCACUAGCAGUAAUUUUAGCUAUGAUCCACCAUUUCCAUGGGCAAAAAGUUCACCUGUGUUCUACGUACAACAAAUAAUGUUACGCACUAGUGUGCUACCCUGGACCGAAGACAUGCAGCUAAUGGAUGCCUAUCGUGCGCCGCUUUACGAAGUUUUUAAAUUGCUAGAAAUUGUGCGUAAUCAUGAAAGCGCCGCCAACAAACGCACAUUGGAGCAAUCUUGCUGGCAUGUGGAUAAUGUAAAGCGUACGCGCGAUGAAAAAGUAUUAUUCCCCGAAUAUAAUUGCUUGUUAUUGUCGCCGGCGAAUUUAUGGUAUCAAGAUGUGCAAAAUUUCACGAAUGACUCAAAUUUAUUGAACACCAUCUUUCAAUAUCAUAAUCUCCAAAAAACCAAAGUCUCCAUCGCCGAAAUGCUCUUCGGAGUACCAAUGCAAGACAGCGGCUUCAAGCGUUAUCCACUUCGUUCGCGUUCGCGUAUAAUACAAUAUGCCAUCACACUGAUACUGAAGCAAAACGAUCUGGAGUAUUUAAGCACACUAAAACAUAAACUCUUCCAGUACUAUCCGCCCCUGCAACUCAAUCCAAUAACAACGACAGAUCAGCCAACAACAAAAGCCGGUGAUGGGAAAUCGGCCAUCACUUACAUUUUCUAUCCAGAUGAGUUCAAACUGUGGGAGUUUAUGCCGUUAGCGAUUGCUUUUGUGCUGUUGUUCAUUUAUAUGUAUUUUUCGGUGCGAAAGAUCGAAAUAAUACGCUCGCGUCUCUUACUCGCAGUUUGUGCUGUUAUAACAGUACUAGGCAGUCUGACCAUGUCGCUGGGCGUUUGCUCAUUCUUCGGUCUCACUAUCAGUUUGCAAUCGAAGGAUGUGUUUCCCUAUUUGGUUAUAUUGGUUGGUCUAGAGAAUUGUCUAGUUAUAACGAAGAGCGUCGUUUAUACGCAAGAGACGUUUGAUGUGAAGAUACGUGUCGCCAAAGCGCUCAGCAAGGAAGGUUGGCACAUUUCCAAAACGUUGCUAACCGAAAUCACCAUACUUACCAUUGGUUGCAUCACAAUGGUGCCGGUCAUACAAAAGUUCAGCAUAUUCGCCAUUAUCGGUUUGCUCUCUGAUUUCAUGCUGCAAAUGUUGCUUUUCCCUACCAUACUCGCAAUGAAUAUCAAACUGCCCGAAUACACUACCGAAGCAAAGCAUUUGCCAAAAAUGAUGUUGAGAUGCACAAUGACCAAUAACACGGCAACGCUACCGCCUGGUGGUUUCGGUAUGCUGCCGAAUGGACGUAAUGACUAUCGUUUCUACGAUAAGAAUCAGACGUAUAUAUCCUUAGCGGGGGAUGUCUCGACCACACCGCACCAUGCCAUGAACAACGGUGGCUUCGGCAUGUUCCAUCGUUCACAAUCGCACCCAAAACUAACAUUCGCCGACCUCAAUACACAUCCAGCGGACUUAACAGCAAAGACUGGAAUUCAACCGAACAAAGAUGGACGUAUACCGAAGCGACUGCGCAUUGUUAAUUUCUGGGCGCGUACGCGCUUCUUUCAGCGUGCCUUCAUGAUUUGGAUGAGCGUUUGGAUAUGCACGAUUGUUUACAAUUCGGGCUGUUUGGAGAAUCUAUUUGCAAUGGAUGGCAAUCGUACGUCGUACGGUAAAGACGAAGCGCAACGAUAUGUCAAGACACACGAACAAAGCGCGGUUUCAAGCUUCUUCACAAAUAUGCAGCAUGUAAUAAAUGGCGCAACAACAGCGGGACAGAACAGUGAUGGUGAGGGCGGGGGAGUGAAGGGACAACGCGAUAGCCGUAUGCAGAAAGGCAAGAAAUCGCUACAUGGCAGACAGAAAGGCUCCGCCGGCGAUGGAUCCGUUAAUGACACAGAUGCCGAGCUGCGUCGUCUGCUCUAUCCAGACUAUGAAAUGAAUUAUUUUCUCUCAAAUUUUCACUGGUGCGCUAUUAUGAAACAAUAUAAUAUUUCGCUGAGUGGACGUUAUGUAACUUUGCUACCCACUAUCAAGUUAUCGCAUCCUAUUAGCGCCGAAGCGGCUGUGCUCAUACGCAAUCCCAAAGAGAAGAUAGCGCAAAACUUCCAAUGGAAAGCGCUUGCCGCAGCACUUGAUCCCAUUGAUUUCAAUGACGAUGAACGCCGUGAAUCGCCAAUGGUAUUUCCAGGCGGCACACCACUUUACCCCAAAAGUCCGAUGGAAUUCUUUUUCGUCAUUUCCAUGUGUUUAAUCAGCAUUUUUGUGCUCAGCUACACAAUGGUCGUUUUCUAUCGUUGCAUUUGCACACGCAACUAUGCCGAAUGGCGUUCCAGUUGGUAUGAGUCGUCGGAGAUACAACAGAAAACUGAGCAUAUACUCGAGGGUGUUCCCACGAAAAUUGUCGGUCACAAGCAUACGAUCGAAUGUUUAAUAACCGAUGGUUCCCAUAUCAUCAGUUGUUGCCUGCGUGGUCAAAUAAAGGUGUGGGAUUCACGCAGCGGUGAGAAUUUGACGACAAUUCAUCGUGAACAUAUGCAGAUAGCAACAAAGCGUGAAGACGAACAGGUGGCGCUCGAGCGUUUACCCUACUCGCCGAUCUGGUGUAUGAACGCGUUCGAUAAUCUAGUGGCGGUGGGUUGUGCAAAUGGGCGUAUCGAGUUGUGGGAAAUGCCAGACGGCGUCUUGAAGUGUAUUUCACCUGGCGAAGUGAAGUCCAAUCAGGGCAUAACGCACAUCUAUAUAARUGGUGAUCGGGUCAUUGUGGCGCGCUUGUGUGGGCGCUUAGAGUUCUUCCGACUUGAAACCUAUUGUAAAGGACAACAAAUCGAUUGGAAUUUCACGUCGGCAUAUAGAAGAACGCACACACGCACCAGUUCAGCUGGCAGUAUUGGGUUAAUGCACCAUACGCAACAACAACGCGGGUGUUUUGCUGGUCAAUCGCCGCCUCCUUCUAACAAGGAAGAAAUGAAAAUCACCUUAGAAGCCGUGCGUUUCGCACAUCAACAGCCCAUUACUUGCAUGGAGGUGUCCAAUGGAAUGGUCUUCACUGGUAGUCAGGAUCACACACUUAAAGUGUACAGCCUAACAAAUGCCAACAUCGAAUACACACUACACGGUCAUUGUGGGCCAAUAACGUGCCUUUUUGUCGACCACUGGCAACCUGGCACGGGUGGCUCUGGUUCCCAGGAUGGUAUGCUAUGCGUAUGGGAUUUGUUCACUGGCGCUUGCAUGUACAAUAUACAAGCGCAUGAUGGUGCCGUCACGGCGUUGGUAUGCGCACCCACAUAUGUUAUUUCUCUGGGUAUUGAUGAGCGUAUUUGUGUGUGGGAACGUUUUCAAGGCAACCUAUUGACUACUAUCAAUAUAUUGAACGCUUAUUCGAGUUUAUUGAUGUUGACACCAUCGUUGCUUGUCACUUGCAAAAUGGGUUCCCUCAUCGUUUGGGAUGUGCGCACUGGUGAACCAGCGCGUGAAGUUAAACUUGAUCGCGCGAAUUCUCUACUCUGUCCGAAAACUUUAAUGCUCACCGGUGAUGCUGUUGUAUGCGACUAUGGGAAUGAGUUGCGUGUGGUGCGUUUUCCAAUCGUUUCAGAUAAAUACAGUUGAACGAACUGCGCACUACCUGAACCUAAUAAUUACUAAUAACAAUAAUCAUAAGUGCGUCCACACACAGUUUUGAUAGCAAGUUUAAAAAAUAUUGUCUAUCUCAACUACCAUGUACGUCCAUAACUCACACAAAUCACCAAAUUGCCUGAUAGCCUAAAGGUUGUGGCUGAAGCCUUGUGGUGUUUAUUUCAGAAGAUGACUGCAUUAUAUUCGUUAAAUUUUUUUUAAAGAACUUAAAGAUUUCUCAGAGAGGGUACGUUUGUGUAGAUACGCAUACAGGCAUCGCAAAAAACAGGAUUAAACUAAAUUAAUUACAUAUGUUUAUACAGGCAGUUAAGUAGUCGAAUUCGGACUUGCUGUAAAUUUUUUUUAGUUUUUUGUUUUUGGUUUUCAGUAGCAUUCAUAAUCUUUCUACUAUUUCUAAUAAAUAUACACAUAUUUUAGACUGCAACUGUGUAUAUUUUAGUAACACUUUAUUUUAUUUUAUCUUUAAACUCUUCUUCGCAAUGGGGCUAUUUUGCAUUUGCCUUAAGAGUAUACUUUAAAUAAUUGUAUGCCUUUUAUAGAACACUUUUUAUUCUGAAUGCGUUAUUGUGCCUUUCAAAACUGAACUGACUUUCAUGUUUCAUUAUAAGUUCCAUUAAACUCACAACCAGUUCAUUUAAUAUCCUACCAAAAUUAUGUUUAAGCUGAUUUAUAUAUAAGCUCAGUAUAUAUAAAAUACAUACAUACGUAUGUGCACAUAUUUUUAACCCACUAAUAGGCGUUUUAGCUUUUUAUUUAUAUUUUUAUAUUUAGCCUUAGGUUUAAUUUGGAUAUUGUAACAAGAAGACACUUAUGACACAUUUGUAUACUUUUCACAGUUACAGUUUUCCGAUUUAUUUGAAAUAAAUUGACCCCAAAAAACAAUAAUUCAUAAUAAGAAAGUA